GGUGGGGAUCAGCUGACAAUCUAAACAUUAGACAUCUUUGACUGCAUUUUCUUGCGGUUCAUCAUAAAUGACCAAUUAAAUUUUAGUAUGACAGAAACAUAAUAAGUGGGUGUUUCCUAUAAUUUCUUGAUUUUGGGGAGUUUUUCUUAUUGUCAGUUAUAGUUUUAGAUACUUUUUAUUUCUGUUAUUUUAACUUCUGUGACGUCAUGUGAUUGCGUUUUCAUGGAGUGCUACAUACUAAAGAAUUCAUGUCCAGAAUUUCGCAGCGUACUUUCUAACGAUCAAAGAUGAAUUUCCUUUCUUUCCAAAAUAACCAGAACAUUUUCCCCAAAACCCACACCUCGUUUCUGUUACCCGAUUCACACACAAAAACCGCAUUUAGCGAUAACAAACAAACACAAAUCGUCGAAAACAACAACCAGAUAACCAACAACAAUCAACUAAGUCCAAAUGGACACGAAAAAACGUUGAAGGAACUGUGGUCGAAACACAAAUUGAACAUGAAUAAGUCCAAACCGGAAACUCCCUUAAACUUGAACAACGUCAAAAUGACGUGGGAGGUGGACGAACCAGCCUCAGUGUCCGAUGAACCCAAAGACAGUGUCAUCGAGAGUCCUCUGCAGGAGAUCAAGGAAACACCAGCAGUGGUCAAAGAAGAGGAACACAUCAGUAAGGAGGAGUCUCCCUCUCACCAUGCCCGAAGACCUCCAAAUGCCUUUUUGAUAUUUUGUAAGAAACAUCGACCUAUUGUCCGCGAUAGGUUCCCCAAUUUGGAGAACAGGGGGGUCACGAAGAUUCUGGGGGAAUGGUGGGCAUUGCUGAACUGCUUCGAGAAGCAGCCUUAUAACGAUUUGGCCAAAGAGUACAAAGACGCCUUUCUUUCCGCUAAUCCCGACUUCAGAUGGUACAAACUGCCAGCACCACCUCUUCGCACAUUGUCAACACGUCCGUUGAUUAUCCCCAAAUUGCAACUACCCUUAUCUAGUCCUUCCAACGUUAUCCCGUCCGAGUUCACUCCCGGAAAAUUGGCGGACGAAUCUCAACUGGGCGGCCUUACCUCACUCAUGAACAAUUUCACUACCAUACCAAAGACGGAACCUGAAGAUAACAAUAACGGGAGUAACGCUUCCUGGGAGAAAUUUGACAGUUCCCACGUCAGUCCAGAGAGCAAUAUUAGGAGUAUCACACCUCCGAAGCCUAUAAAGAAAAGGUUUGUCGAGUAUUUCCAGAGUAAGGGCUGCGCGAGAAAUAUUUUGGAGGGAGAUGGAAUCAAGGAGGAAGAAGAGAAAAAAGAUGGAGAUGUGACAAAUCAGGAAUUGAUGAAUAAGGUAGUGGACGGGUUGUUCUCGAAGAAACCAGAAGAUUCUACUGAAAAAAACAGCCUGAAAGAGGUUAGGAAAUCCGAAAGGAUGUGCAAAGGGAAGCGAUAUGAACUUUUCAUGAUCGAAGGUAGGUUAUUGGGAAGCAAGCGAGAAACGAAAACCAUUCAACCCAGGCCUACAAAAAUCGAUAGCAAAAUAGAUACGGACCUGAACUCCGUGAGUGAAAUCAAACCUGAAACACCAAAGUUAGACUUAGGAAAUACCAUUAAACGCCUCGCAGAACGUACUAAUACUAAAAUCGAUUUUGAUAAUCAAAACGACGUAGAUAUGAUAGAGUCGCCCCAUCAGAUCAAAAGACUUCGUACCAUAUCGGAGACGUCAGAAGGAAGCGCGAAGAGCUCCCCACCCGAUUUCAAUUUAGAUUUAAGGAUCUCGAAUCUUCCAAGCUUGAACUACGAGGAGUUUGUGCAGAGGAAACGAGAGAGCAAGAAACGCAAGAUACGCGCGAAGACUGAAGGAGAUGUGAAAUACAAAAUCCAGAAGGUGGUCAAGUCAGAAACGCAGCUAGUCGGAUCCAAGAAAAGGAAAAACAAGCAGAGCAUCACUCACUUGGGUAAAAAAGAAGUUGCUGUAAGCAACGAGCUUCUAGGAUUGGCGACGCUCGCCGAAGUGGCAGCCAAUACCGAGAAGAUCAACGAAAAAUUCUCAGAGUAUUAGUAUUACGAGUCUCUAAUUGAGAUUCCGCUUAGACAGGUGAGUUGGAACUUUGAACAGAAUUUAUGAGUAUACAUGUGCCUCAUAUUUAUUGUAAUCAGCAAUAGGGCGAGUAGGGAGGACUGGUGUGGUCGGUACCGAUUAUUUUAUAAGAUCUUACCUUAGCUCGACAAAUUCCUAUGACAGAAAUGUAUCAGGUCACUGAAAUAUUUCGAACAAUUUGUUGGAUUCUUCUCGUUAUUUAGUUAUCAUCAACGUUAUAAUUCUUCUGUAACCAGGAUAUUGACUGCACCACUUUCUCGACUACAAAUUCUUAUAAUCUUAAAUAUUAUUCAGUGAAACUAUUUGCUUUCCAUUUGAGUAAUUCAAUUGUAUGUGGCUCUCGAGUGAAAUCAGACGGAAUGUUGCUUAGUUUUGUUGUUCAAUGUGAACAAAAUUAAUUUUUUCAUGGCGUUUUCAAAAUGUUGGAAAAUAAGCAAUAAUAGCAUUUGCUAAUUCUGAUAAACCACCAAGUUAUAGGAGAGUAUUCUUCAACAAACCAUUACUUUGAAAUUUUCCAAUUACGCUCUUUUAACGUAGUCAAAAAACAUACUUCAAUGUGAGAUCUUCACUUGAUAGUGUACAAAACCGCGAUUCGUGUUUCGCUAUAUGAUAGCUGUUAGGUAAUAAGUGGACUGUAGAAAAAGGUAUACUGAACUUUGUACAAGAUUUCUGGAUAAAUACAUCUAAUAGACAAGACGGUCUUUCAUAUGACACAAUACUAAUAUUCUCUUGUUUUCGCACUGGGUUUUCUGUUGGCAGGUAUAAAGUGCCAUGGGCGUCCGGCCACUAGUUUUUAGUCGUUAACAUCUUCAGACGUCAGUAUCGUGACGCCCGAAGUGAAAAUCUCACAUUAAAGUAUGUUUUUUUGAAAACAUUAUAAGUAUCAGUCAGUUCUAUAUUGUUUCCGUUAUUUCAAAGUUGGAAAGCAUUCCCGUGUUCUACAUUUUGGUUAGAACAAAUUCCUAAUAUGUGACAUGAAAAUUCUGUCUCUUCUAAUUCAAUAGAAUUAUUGGAUGAAUAAGCCAUAGCUUAUGGCAAUCAUAACUCGUAGAAUUCGCCACUGUUGGAACACUGUUGUCCAUUCAUAAGAAAAGGACCAAAAUGGUAAAGAGGAUAAUAACCUAGAAAGAAGAAGAAGAAGAAUUGACAAAUGACAAGUUAAAUGGCAUUGCUGUAAGGGGGUAUUUAGUCAGCUCAAUAAUUGAUAUAAAACAAUUGUUGUCAUUUUUAUUUCAAAAAUUAAAGUAUUAUGCCUGACUUCAGAUUAUAGAUACGUGAAAUUCAGACUAGACAAACUAUUGAAAUUUAUUAAUAUCCAUUGAAGAAUAUCUUAUUUUAUGGAUAUUCAUUUCGCGAUCAAGGAUAUUUAAAUCUGAAUAAAAAAUAAAUAGACAAUCCCCGGGUGGAAAAGUGAUGCAAAAAAUAUUUAUUCAAUUUUGGAUAAGAACUGGAAUGAUUGAAAGAAUACAUACCUCUUUAAAAAUUUUACUAGUAUAUAAAUUUCACUAGAAUUAUGCAUACUAAGUUGUUUCUGUUUGGUUUCUACUUCUCAGAGACUGAUACAUUUCGAAUUAUAGUUAUUCAAAUAGAAUUUUCUGUUUUCACUCGUUUAAACUUACACUUAUUCUGAGUUUUUUGAAAGCAUGAUACACCUUAUUGAAAGGUUUCUUAUUUUUAUGUGUUACACCCAUUCUGUUGUUAGAAUUAUCAUAUAUUUCUAUUUAACUAUAAUACAAACAUGUCUGUUUGAAUUGAAUAAUCUUUAAUGUUAAUUUGUGGUAGUUGAGUUUUUUCAAUAAUUGUUUUUGUAUAUUUUUGUUGUUUUUUGUUAUGUUAACUUAAUAUUACUAUAUUAAAAUACCAAAUCAUGCUAGUUGGAAAUAUUUAUGAACAUAGUUAUAGUUACAUUUUUGUAUUGAAUAUUUUAACAUUGAUUAUGUUAUACUUAUCUUUACUGACUAUAUCAUGAGAUUUCUAUAUAUACAUAUAAUGAUCUGCAUUAGAUCUAAAAACAUAUUUACUAACCAUAUUAUGAUAUUAAUUUAUAGUAUUUAGUUUCCUAGACAAUUAUGAACUGUGCGCAUUUCUGUGAAUUCGAGAAUUUUUCAUUCCUUUCGUAAAUAAUGUACCUAAUUUAUUUUCAUUUUUCAAAUACUCUUCCAGAAGUAUGACUUCACAAGUAAUGACAGUUCAUGAUCGUUGAAAUAAUAAUAUUACUUGAAACAGAUACAUCACAAGUUCAUAGAGAGCUAGCUUGAAUGAUUUUUGCUACUCCUAUGGAAAGCCGAUAAAAGGACCUUGCCUCACUUACUAUGGAAUAGUCCCCAUUUUCUUGCAAUCGUACAAAAAAAAAGAUUAAUUUUCUAACGAACUUUGCUUCUGCUGAUCAAUUUUAUGAUUCUGGUGGCUAUACUGGGGUCUGGUUGACAUAAAAUUACAUGGAAUAGCGAAGUUGGCAACAUUUUGUUAUUUUUGAAAUACGGAUCAGCAGGUCCUUGGUAAUAAGCAAUUUGAGUUUGAGGAUUCACAAACAAACGACAAUUAUAUCAAAAUGUCUGACGUUUGACCUUGCUUGUGUACAAUUAAGGACAGGUAGCCAAAUUCAAUCAAUGUCCAUUGACUCUUUUUUCUGUGGAAAUUACCUAAGUGUUCUUGAACUUCUAUUACCUCUCUAUAUACUCUUGGAUAGUAAUUUUGAGUUUCAUCAAGUAUUUGUGUAUCUUCAAAUGGGAGCACAUUCGGCUCAAGCUGAUUUGUCGGUUUGUCACAGGUCACAAUUUCUCUUGUGUUCAGAGAGACGGAUCCUAUACUUUCUUUCGUGAUUUCAAUGUAGACUGACUGCAGCUACAAAGGAUCUAGUAUAGCCCGGGUAUUGCUGGGGUUCUCUGGGGUCCUUAGCUGCAGGUCAGUCUACAUAGGAACCACGAAUAGAAGUAUAGGUACCCGUCUAUCUGAACACAAGAGAAAUUGUUGACUCGGACGAACCGAGAAAUCAGCUAUAGUUGAACAUGCUCUCACAGAAAAAGAAGGCACUACAUUAUCUCAUUGGAGGAUACAGUAAUACUCGACAAAACUCAAAGUUACUAUCCAAGAGUUUAUAGAGAGACAAUAUAAAUUCAAAAACACAAGGAAAUAGUUUUUAUUGUUUAACUUCCUUGCAAUGAAAGUGAAUGUGCCUUUUAUAACUUUUUCGCUGUUUUAAUUUACAGAGGGAUAAUGAGUUUGACUGGUGAAUGUUUCGUUUUCUAAGAAGAAAACAUUUCAGUACAACAGAAACGGUAUUUAUAAUAGAAAACAGAGGAUUUGGGAUUGUAAGACUAGUUGUCAAAAAAUUAUAUCAUUUACUUAUAACAUUUCAUGUCUACAUUUUCUAAUUGUGCUUGAAAAUAUUUCUAACUAAUUAAAACAUGAUACUUUGUAGAAUGUCUAUUUUUGAAAUUUAAUCAGUAAUACUUCUUAACUACUAAAGAAAAGUUCAUAACAACAAUACAACAGAAACUUGCCUACUCCAUUGCUUGUGAAUGUGGUUUUUGGGACUCUCGACUAUAUUCAUGUGAUUGUAUCUGUAUUGAAUAAAUUUAUAGGCAUAUCCUUUAGAUUGUUACCUUUUUGAUCAGCUCGUUAUCCUUAACUUCACGAUUGUUUCUGCUAUUAUGAUUAGGCCUUAGAAAAGCGACCAAAUAUGUAGUAUAAAGAAAUAAGAUAUAUUUAUAUUUUAUAAUAUAAAAAGCCUUAUCUAGUUCUAAAUAACAUUUGAUAUAAAUAAUUAACAAGUUAUCCAGUUAUGUUGUGUAAGAAAUUUUAUAAAAUAUUUUAUUGUACUGUUGUUAGAGUGUAGAGUGAUUGACCAAUAUUAUGACAAGUUUGAUAGGUUUUUCAGCGUUUUUGAGGAAAGGGGUAGAGAGAACGUGAUUGGAUUGUGAUACUUUAUUUUUGUAUUUACCGGACAGGGAUAAUAAUUUUAUUUAUAACGUUUGUAUAGAUUGUGCCUUUUAUUUAUUUAAUAAUACAGAUUUUAUGCCUUUAGAAAGAUUAUUCAACAUGUAUCAAUUUUAAUAAAAGUUUAUUGAAUGAGGGA